CAGAGGGUUGAGCACUGACCACAAGUGGAAAUAGGGGUGCAGAGGUUCAACUUUUAACUUUGCACUUGGGACACAAUGCCCAGCUCCUGUCAAGGCUAGGUUCUAGGAUGGAUCCUGGACUGGGUUAGGGGUUCAAUAAUCGGAAGACAGAUGUGGACUUCCUGGACUGUGCUUCCUGUGGCACUGGACAGUGGACUCUGACCUAGGACAGUGCACUCCUCCACCCCCCUGUCCUGUCACCUACGGUCCGUAGCAGGUUGGCCAUGCUGUCCCCAGGGGCUGUGUUGUUCUUCACCCUGCUCUUGACAGCCAGUUCGCUGGGCCAAAGGACUCGAAAGCCUAAUGGGUCUACCUCCCCCAUCAGCACUAUCCAGGCCCAGGUCAAUUUCAGUGCUCAGCAGUUUGCAGGGACAUGGCUCCUUGUGGCUGUGGGCUCUUCGUGCCGCUUUCUUCAGGAACAGGGACAUCGAGCUGAGGCCACCACAUUGCACGCAGCUCCCCAGGGUGCAGCUAUGGUUGUCAGCACCUUCCGAAAGCUAGAUGGGAUAUGUUGGCAGGUACGCCAACUCUUUGGGAACACAGGGGUCCCUGGCCGCUUCUUGUUCCAAGUCUCACGGGCCCGUGGACCAGUGCAUAUGGUGGUUGCUGAGACUGACUAUCAGAGCUUUGCCAUCCUGUAUCUGGAACAGGGAAGGAAGCUGUCUGUGAAACUAUACGUCCGCUCACUGCCAGUGAAUGACUCUGUCCUGGAUGUGUUUGAGCAGCGAGUCAGGGAAGCCAACCUGACAGAAGAUCAGAUCCUUUUCUUUCCCAAGUAUGGUUUCUGCAAGACUGCGGACGAAUUACACAUCCUGAACGAGGUGCCGAGAUAAGGCCAUCUAGUGGAGAAGCUGUGGACAGUGGGCUACCCUCAGAGAGUUCUGAGCAUCCUGAAUGCACUCUUGGAGUCUCUCCUUUCUGUCCCCAGAAGCACCCCUUCAUACAGCUCUGUUGUCCUAGGUCUUUUCAUUAAACAUCAGACUUGGCCCUGG